AUGAGCGGCAAACAGUUUCAUUUCUUGUCACCAAGUGUAGCAGGCGUUGUAGCAGAUCAAAAGGUUGCUGCUGCCGCCAGAAGCGAAGCUAGGUCUCAUGCCGCCAAAGUUUCGUACCCUGAAGAGCACCGUGUCCAGCGAAGGUCGACCGGUGCCAGACUUUCUGCAAAGGAAAGUCCACUCAAACAAGGCCGAGCAGGAUCUAAGGAUAGUCAAAGUGAUCAACAGAGCGAUACCUCUUCUUCGGAGAGCAUCACGAGCUCCCAAACCAAUGUCAGCAAUAAUCCCAAAGGGCACACCACUGGUCAGCCCAAUGGCGCACGUGUGAAGGUUUUAAAGUUCAGACAGUAUGAAAGGAAGGAUCGAUCGAGGAAGAAAGCGGUCCCAAAGGCAAACCCAACACCUGCCAAAGUGCCCAGAGCAAUCAGUAAGAGCACUCUGGAUCCGUUCGUCAAGGCUUCAAUCAGUCUGUCGGUUCCUGACGAACAUUUACUCCAUUUGUACCUAUCGACAGUCCCCGACGAAGUCUAUGGAAAGAGCUCGGGAUCCGCCUCAGAGGUUGUGCGUGAGGGUACGCUUGCAGUCAUAGCACGCAAUGACAUCGUCUUGAUGUGGCUGCUCCUCACGAUUGAAUCCCAAGUCGUCAGUUUUCAGCCAAGCAAAAUGGAUAAACGACUGUCGAUACUCACAAGGCGGGCUCAAGCAUACAAGUUGAUGAAAGAGAAACUCGACAAUGAUGCCAAUGCUUCUCUUGAUUUCGCUUUUACCGUAUCCGUCGCAUCGAGUUGUGAAAUGCGCAUGGGGAAUUUGACCGGAGCGGAGCAACAUAUCGCGGCGGUCAAGAAACUGCUGUCGCUACAUGGUGGCUCAAUAGCGGUCAGAACCAUAACUUACCCGCUAGGACUCAUGGUAGUUAACAGCCUUGUCGAACUGGGCCGACCGGGUCUCUUCAAUAGUCGACUUGACCUUCGAGACAAGCUGAGAACAAUGACGUGCAGGUUACACGAUUACCAGGCAUGGAACCACUCUCUGAGAUCCGAGAUCAGCCCCCAUUCCCCCAUGAGUAUCCAAAAUUGCUUAUCGCCUUCAUCCGACGAAGACCUAGCAGACGACUCCUGGGGAGACGCUUUAAGAAGAAGAACACGUGCAUUCAGUACAGAUUCCGCCCUUGGAAAGUAUGUCGCCUUGCCUUCCACUGAACUAGACGACGCAACCUACCGGUUUCUGCUCGGCGUUCUCUACGUCAUCAACACCGCUUUCUGGGACUUUCGAGACAGUCCUAGUACAAGUAACGAUUAUCUCGGAGAACUCAUGAAGUCUGUCGAACUUAGUAUUGCAGCAAAUUUCGUUCUUCGAGCCGGUGGAUCUAAGCUUCCCUCGUUAUUGAUGCUCAUGAUGCUGGCACACAAGGCUGCCAAGGAUGAUGGACGCGACGCAUCUACAAGCGUGGUGUUUCAUGAUGAAGAAGUCUUCGAAUUUGUGAACCUUGUCAUGAUGAGUGGCCCUAUUAUUCGUAUGAGGGUGCUUAGUGCAUUGUAUUCAUGGCUAGUGACCUCUCCGUCGACAGUGGACGAUCUUUUUCGCCUCGGCGACGUUGAUUUCAACAUCCUUCGAAGAGAAGUGGAGGACGUGUGGGUUUCCGACCAGGCACGCCGUCUUGCGAAUCUACAGUUGAGUUGA